GUGUGUCUGUGAAGUUGUUGUGUUGUUGCGGAACGAGCUGAAAUGAGAAGAGGUACUGUCCGGCAUGUUGCUGGCUGCUCUGUCUCAGCCUGCGUUAAUAUUUUGUAGCACACCUUCAUCGGCACCUCUUGACUUUAUCUCGAGUUUAUCACCUUCAUCGUAUACCUUUAACUUGGUUGUGAGUUAUGACAUCGGAGUGGGAAGAUGCCAACACUGUGCUGGACCCUCUGUUCAUUCAACAGAAUGAGGAAGUAUACAGAAACCCCACUGAAGUGAAGAUGAGUCAAAUCGUGCUGCCCUGCCAUGCCAACCACUGUGGGGAGCUGAGUGCUGGACAGCUGCUGAAGUGGAUGGACUCCACAGCCUGUUUAUCUGCCGAGAGACAUGCAGGUUGUUCCUGUAUCACUGCCUCUGUGGACGACAUCCAUUUUGAACACACCAUAGGGGUGGGCAAGGUUGUCAACAUCAUAGCGAAGGUCAACAGAGCCUUCACGUCCAGUAUGGAGGUUGGCAUACUGGUGAAUUGUGAAGACCUUUAUACUGACAGGCAGUGGAAGGUUUGCCACGCCUUCGCCACCUUUGUUGCUAGACGAACUGAAGCCGGAAAGGUACAGCUGAAGCAGGUAGUUCCUCACACGCAAAUGGAGCAGAUGGAGUACAGCCUGGCAGCAGAGAGGAGGAGGAUGAGGCUCAUCCAUGCUGAGAUCAUUACCGAUCUACUGAGCAGCAGCACAGCUCAGCUGGGAGAAUGCCAGGAGUAUCAGAACGCCGUGCCAGCUGAGCGGACACGAGUGGAGAGUGUAGAGCUGGUGUUACCUCCACAUGCCAAUCACCAAGUCAGCACCUUUGGGGGCCAGAUCAUGGCCUGGAUGGAGAAUGUGGCAACGAUUGCAGCAAGUCGUUUGUGUAAUGCACACCCAACCCUGAGGACCAUAGACAUGUUCCAUUUUCGUGGCCCGUCUCACAUUGGUGACCGACUGGUACUGAAAGCCAUCGUUAACAAUGCCUUCAAGCACAGCAUGGAGGUGGGAGUAUGUGCUGAGGCCUACCAGGGUGGAGAACCUCUGCGCCAUAUAAAUAGUGCUUUUAUGACCUUUGAGGUGCUGGACAGUGACAGGAAACCACGCACGCUACCACGGAUACGACCUGAGCCCGUGGAUGGAAAAAGGCGUUAUCAAGAGGCCAUUGCAAGAAAGAAGAUUCGGCUCGAUAGGAAAUACAUUAUCUCCUGCAAGCAAACUGAAGUGCCCUUGUCUGUACCUUGGGAUACAAGUAACCAGAUGUACCUGAGCUACAACAAUGUAUCAGCACUUAAACUAAUGGAUGCCAGAAACAACUGGGUAUUAACCUCUGAGAAAAAUAAGGUUAGACUAUACACACUGGAGGAAAACCACAUGCUGUGUUUCAAGGUGGAGAUGCAUGUCAGUGUCGCAGCGGAGCAGACAUUCCACCUACUGUCAGACCUGAGGAGGAGAAAAGAGUGGGACCGACAUUAUGAGGAGUGCGAGGUGAUCAACCAGGCGGAUGAGGAAGACACCCUUUAUCGUGUAGCUACACCCUCUGUCAGUAAAGGGGGCAAAGGGCAGGACUUUAUCUUACUGGCAUCUAGGAGGAAGCCAUGUGAUGCCAGGGACCCAUAUCUCAUCGCUCUGCGUUCUGUCACUUUGCCCACUCACCCUCCCACUGAGGACUACACCAGGGGAGAGGUGCUCUGUGCUGGCUUCACAAUCUGGGAAGAGUCCAGUUCUGUCACCAAGAUCACCUACUACAACCAGGCCACGCCAGGUGUCCUCCCCUACAUCUCCACAGACAUCGCUGGCCUCUCGUCCAGCUUUUACAGUGCGUUUUCCGCCUGUAGUCACUUCCUGGAGGCAAACAAGGACAGCGUGGCUGCUCUGCCACCCUCUGCACUGUGACACAACGGUACUGCCACAGUGUCCCUACAGUAGGAUCUGUAGCAUCAGUAGGAAGGGUUAAGAUUGUCUCUCAUCCCGUUUGACCUCUGUUGUGGAGGUGCUGUGCUCUUAAAGAAGCCGUAGUUGAAUGUAUCUGUGUCUCUCUGAGAUUGCAGACGUCUUGGUAAUGGAUUUAUAGUUUCUUUUGUGUUUCUCUUUUUUAAGAACUUGCUACUUUUUUUUCCUGGCAGGAUUUAUAGGUAUGAAGCAAGAGUGCACAAUGUUUUUGAGGCUCUUUUGGAUUUUAAGCCUCUCAAGUUUUACUAGAAUGCUAUGGAAAACUUUCUGUGCAAUACUAAUUCAUAUGGAUCAUAUGAAUCAUAUUUUGGUGCAUAGUUUUAAGUAUUUUACACAAUCUCACCAAUCUGUCAUCUUGUUUUUAGUGGCAUGCUCAGGCAUUACACAAACUAACAUAAAGAUAAAAUGAGUCUAAACUGAUGAAGAGGUGUUUGAAUCAGCUUCUUUUGGUACAGAUUCUUUUCUACCUCCUUGAAUAAAAUUUUUAAAUUAUUUGAUUAAACCUUAAAAUAUAAGGAAGUAAAAAUGUACAUUUAGUGUGUAUAAUGGUGCUGUUUUAUUUUGAGACAGCGAUGUAUAGUUUUAGAGCAACGUACUUGCACUGAUUGUAUUAUAUGCGGACAUUCAAUGGCCAAGUAUCUCACAUGACAAGCUGUCUAACUGAAACAAUAAACACAUUAGA